UUCGACCGAUCCAUCACUACCCAUUUGUGUCACAUAAUGUUUUGAGGUAAAAAUGUCACUUGUUGUUCACACUGAUUAUUUGCAGUCACAUUGUGUGCCAGCAGAUGUCAGAUUACAACACGGGUUCGCUGUUAUUGCAACGCGAACUAAUGAUGUCACAUUAGAUAGAUAAGACCCUCGUUGGUCAGUAUUUCUCAGCGCACCAUAUCUUCUGACAGCCAUAUUGAACUUCACAGGGUAUAAUUAAUUUGUUAAUCCUCCUCAUCAUGCAUGCCAUUACAUUCUGGUGAAGUGUGAGGGAUGUCAUGUGUUUGUUUCUGCAAUGAGCAGUGACAAAUGACACACUUUAGAGAUUCUAAUGAAACAUAAACACGCAAGCACACACACACGUUCUGUGCAACAGUUGAGCAAAACGUGAGACUUGUGUGUUAUCAGGAGUGUGCUGCUUGGCUAAAUAGGGCAACUACUAUCACUGAGAAACGUGUUAACCCGGUGUUUAGAGUAAACCAUGUUUUGACUGCAUGUUAGUUUCUCCUUUGCAACUUGUGUAUCCCAUUAAAAGCUGGUGCAUGCAUAAUGUAGCCUAUACCAAACAAAUAAAUAACUUAUAGGCUACACAGUUAUUAUUAUAGGAUGUAUAGGGUUAUCUAUAGGCAAUUCGCUCUGGGCUUCUCCAAACCAGUGUGAGACCUGGCUCAUCGACUGUCCGCCAUGCACGGCAUUUCCGAAGGGAAAUUCCUACACCUGUCCCGUGUGGGGAUUUUUUGCUGCAAAGACAAAGGACGGGUGCGCUUUGGAUAACUUUGCCCAGGUGGCAAUUGUGCGGCUCAUUCACAAUGAGUUUGAAUCGAUUUUUAAGCAAUGACCAGAUCACUGGUCUCUCGACUGUGUACCUGGUAUCUCUGUCUAUAAGUUUGAUUGGGAGUUUUUCAGUGCUGGUGGUUUCCAUUGUAAAGAGGAGCCACCUACAAGAACAGGUGAAUCCCCUGGUCCAGCUGGCUCUAGCUGAUCUGUUGGCAGCAGUCACCCUGAUGUUCACCAGCACGAUGAAUGAAACACACACCUUCACCCCCAGUGUGUUAAUCUGUGAAAAACUACUGCCUCUGUCACUGAUGUUUUACUUUGUGUCAUUCCUCCUGAUGGUAGUGUAUGCCUGGGAGUCAAAGCAUGCAGUCGAGGGAUGGAGGGAGAGACCAAGAGAGGAAGAGUCCCAGUGUCGACAAAGGAUGGGGGUUGUGCCUGUAUAUGCUUGUGUGUGGUUUAUACCGUUGGUGAUAUACUUUGUGUACGUGAUGACUUUAGUCCUGGUACCACCCAGCCACAUGACGGCAAACAACGCUGAAGCUAGCACAUACUGCAACAGCUGUAUCCUCUUCCUGCAUAUCUGGAGGGACAACUGCUCAGAUAUAGAACAUAUCCAUGAUAUCUUCAUACAAUGCUUCCUCUUCGUCAGUGUGAUACCAGUUUUGGUGUGCUGCACAGUGGUUUACUACAAGGUGGGCAGCUGGUAUCGCAGGUAUGAGGAGGAGGGACUAUUUCCUGUGGAGGGAGAUGCACGUUCCAGGAAACGGCUGAGGGGUAUGUUCUCCACUGCUCGCUACAUGAUGGUGGUCAUCAUCUUCUGCUGGACCCCAGCUCUUGUUCUGGUUGUCCUGUCUGUGAUACCAGACAUACCUCAAGUAAAUCUCUUCCCCCUGUAUGUUAUACAGGCGAUGACGUUGUCUCUGCAGGGCUGUCUGAACAGUGUGGUCUAUGCCUGGAGACGACCGAACUUCAGAGACGCUGUGCUCGGAGAGAGGAUGCCCCUUCUCAGCCAAGACGCCCCUCUGCCCUUCUUUGACGAAUCACUGAGGGGGCCGCUUGGACCCUUAACCUCUAACUCCUGACUCUAGAGAAGCUGCUAUGCUGCGGGUGGAAUUCUACCUCUGGCACAGAAACAGUUUACCCUCGUAUAAUACUAACCUUUACCACUGAGGGAAGCAAUGCAACACUGACCUCAGAUCAGCAUCUUGGGAUAACUUCAUUCUACUACUCCCACUGGGAUGGUUGUCCGGAACCAAGACAAUGGUUUACUAUGGACGUAGGGGUCGAUUCAGACUCAGGAAAUGUAUGCCUUUCCUACACACGUCUUUCCUAUGCACUUCUCAGUAGUUGGUAUUCAGACUUUCCUUAUACAGGCGUGUAACGGGCUUUGCAGGCGUGGUUUCCUUGUAAAUUGAUAAAUACAUUUCAUAGAACAGCUGAAAAUCCUCCCACUUGCUGGCCAACAGACUUUCUCAUCGAGUUUUCAUUCAAUAAAGUUUUCUGUACAUUCAUCUUAAACCAUCCCUUUAAAUACGGUGUACCUUUUAAUUCGAAUUUGGUCGACAGACUCACUAGAAUACAUAGAGAGAAAAUCGAAAUAUAUGCAUAUUUGUUACAGUUUCAGCACCAACUGGUUAAAAAAUAUUCUGGUAGAUUAUUUAGGCAAAUAUUAGGGUUAGGAAGGUAUGUAUGACAUGAACUGGUUUGGUGAGCCUUUCCGCACAAAAUAUAAUAUAGAUUUUUUUAUUUAACCUUUAUUUAACCAGAUAGGCCAGAUAAAGCAAAGCAGUGCGACACAAACAACAACCCAGAGUUACACAUGGAAUAAACAAACAUGCAGUCAAUAACACAAUAGAAAUGAAUCAAAAAUACAGUGCUUUGAUUCAUCCUGAAAGUUGCCAUAUUGAAAUUCAAUCCAUAAAAUAUUGGAAGGUGAAAAAAGUGUGCAAUAGGGGUUGAACAAUAGGCUAGUCCGAUAAAUCAACCAUAAUCCUUACUAAUAAUUGAACUGUAAUGACAAUGAUCCAGUCAUUGUGAACUGUGCGCAAGGCUCCAGGGUUAACCUGCUAUGUGUGGUCUGACUUCCAUAAUGAUUCAAAUAGGCUACAUGCCCCAAAUUAUUGCGCAACGUUAGCCUAUUGAUCCACUACUGGAAGAUACUGUUCCCACCUCACCACUGAAGAGACUGGAAUAACACCUUUACUCACAGAGUUCACCUGGAAUUCUACAUAAAAUGCUACGUUAAGUGGUAUGUCAGAAGACACCAUUUGCAAUUCAGAAUUUUCCUGGACCUCAAAACGUGCGUUUGAAUGUGAUUUCUGUAGCACCAUUUUUGUUAGUGUUAUUUAGAAGAAUCUUCAAUGAUAUAUUCAUUUUUUAGUACAAUGCUAUUUCAGUAAGAAGAGAGAAUGAGGUGAUUAUUUUGAUGAGUUGUAGAGCCAGAUGGGCCAGAGAACAACAUGGCAUGACAAUGACCAUCAUUUGAUUGAUUGAUUUGAUUAAUGGAAUAUGGUUUAUGAAGCGCUUCCUUAUGGUGUUGGGGAUUUCACUCUUUCCAGUAGAUAGCUAGAGCAACUGUCAGUGAUUGUGUACAAUAUAGCAAGCAAUACAGCUAGUAACCAUAGCAAGCUAUCAUUUGUACACAUUCAGUGUUUUUAAAAAAUCAGGUUAUAUAGUAUCACCCUUUGAACAAAAUUAAUUAAAAUCAGAAGUAUCAUUUUUAUUCAGUCAUUUGACAUGUGUAUAGACUAAAGACGAAAAAGCACUCGAGGACUAAAUGUACUGUACUUUAGCAUGUAGAUGUUCUUUGGUAGGCAUUAAAAUCACAGGAUAACAUUUCCCUUGUAUAUUUAUGUUGUUAUGAUGUUUUAUUUGUGCAAUAAAUGGCCUCUUACCCAGUCCCAUUUUAACUGAUUUUCUCCUACUCUCAUUUAUUGUAAGCUCAGAACAAAAUGGUUUAAUCCUAUGGUGACCUUGUAUCAUAAUGACUUCAGACUUGUUUCAUGAUGGUCACCUGUUGUAAUGCAUAGUUCAGAUCAAAUAUAAACUUGUACUCAGUCAUUAUGUGUGUCACUUAGAGGGGCUGGGAGUGCUGAGUCAACUGGUGACAGAGACGAGUGAUGUGUUUUCUGCUGUGUCAUGCCCAGUCACUUGUGACUAUAAACGUUAAAGUGUGUGAUGAAAGAUAUGACAGUUUAAAAGGUUGAGGUCACAGACUUGUAGUGGCAGGUGUUUCUACUCUAGGGUAUAUUCUGUCCUCACCUCUGACCGCCUCCUCCCCCUCCCCUCCAUACCUCCCCCUAAUCCCUCAGUCCCCCCCCUCACACUCACCUGUAGCAGCCCCCUCAUUCCUAACCCUAGCCCACUCAUUCUUAACCCCCUACCUUCCAUUAUGUCAAUAUCCCCUCCACCCCUUUAUCAUCCACUCCACAUACAGUGGGUAUCAUAAGUAUUUCUUCACAUUUUCUUGUCUUACAAAGUGGAAUAAAAUACAUUUUAUUGUGA